CUCGCCCAUUAACGCGCUAAAACCACAACGCGUCUUCCACUUACAGCCUCGUCGCGACCACUCGAAAUAUUUCACGACGAGACAGCCGCACUCGAAAAGAUAGCUAUGGCAGACCCUGUGGUAGAGGAGCUUAGUGCUCUAUUUGCGACAACAUUAGUGAACAAAAAAUUGGAGGCAGAUGUGAUCGCCGAGCUGCAAUCGAUUAUGCGCCUCCACUCGAUCCCGCCCCAGGAGCUGUUCUACAAAUGGGAAUCUUACAGCAUGAAGAUUGGGACGGACGAUAUGAAGCUUGACAUCGAGACCGUGAGAGCCCUUAAGAAGGAUAUCCAAGAUGGAUUGGAGAGAGAGAGCAGGAACAAGUCGAACGUCAGGAGUGUGGAUAAGAGGGUAGCAACCCCGCGAAAUAUCUCUAGCACUGGGGAUGUAUUCAACAUGCUGGAUGGUCUGGUGCCAAAUACUCCUCGAACCGCGCCAGGAAGCGCCGCGAACGGGUCGAAGCGCAAGAUCAACCAGUAUCAGACUCCGUCCAUAUCACGAGUGAAACAGGAGCCCGCAAGCAGCCCGCCAGAGUUUAAGACCCCCUACAAGCCUGGAGAAAAGGAAUACGGAGGACCAACCGUCGCCUUCAACGACAGGCCCAACGCCGGCCAAACCGUCGAAAUCCUCAACUCCCAGCUCCCCGCCCCCUCCCCCCCCAUCGCCCCAUUCUCCUCACCCCGCAUCAAGCUAAUCGCCAACUCGGACCUCAAAAAGCUCUCCUACAAACCCAUGGCCAUGAAAUCCUCCGAAUCCUCCGAAAUCCUCGACGACCGCAUCGACGAGCUCAUGGCCCUCAUCAAAACCCACCACACCCUCCCCGACUCCGCCUUCGGCAGCGCCGCCAGCAAAUCCGUCGACGAAAUCGUAGCCAUCGGCCGAAUCGCCUCCGACUCCGCAGACGGGAAACUCAACACCGCGUCCCUCGUCCUCGAGACCUCGCGGCGCAUGGGCAACGGGCUGCGCGUCCCGCUGCGCCUCGGGGCGGUGGCUAGCUUCCAGUUCUUCCCCGGCCAGAUCGUCGCGCUGCGCGGUAUCAAUGCUUCGGGUGAGGAAUUCACAGUCAGCGAGGUCCUCGAGAUCCCCCUCCUCCCCGUCGCAGCUUCCACACCCCAGGGCCUAGAAACGCACAUCCAGCGCCUCCGAGGCGGCCCAGACGCGAUGGACGACGACUCCGCCGCCGCCCCGCUCAACAUCCUCAUCGGCGCCGGUCCAUACACCACAGACGACAACCUCGAUUUCGAGCCCCUGCACGCCCUCUGCAGCCAAGCAGCAGACACCUACGCCGACGCACUGAUCCUCGUCGGCCCCUUCCUCGACACCGAGCACCCCCUCCUCGCAUCGGGAGACUUCGAUCUCCCCCCCGAGGCGAACUCGGAUCCAGACACCACGACGCUAAAAACCGUCUUCGAGCACCUCAUCUCGCGGCCCCUCCAAUCCCUCGCCGCUGCAAAUCCGAGUAUAACAAUCCUCCUCAUCCCCUCGGUACGCGACGCUAUAUCGGCGCAUGUUUCCUGGCCGCAGGAGCCGUUUUCGCGCAAGGAUUUGGGGCUGCCGAAACUGGCGAAGGUGGUGGGGAAUCCGAUGACGGUGUCGAUUAAUGAGAUUGUCACCGGCAUCUCGAGCCAAGAUAUCCUCUCCGAGUUGCGACAUGAGGAAGUCACUGGUGGUGUGCCGCAGGCUGGAGGCAUCCUUGCGCGGUUGCCGAAAUAUAUUAUCGAGCAGCGCCAUUUCUUCCCGCUUUACCCUCCCGUCGACCGGAAAUUGCUGUUGCGCACAGGGACGGUGGAGGGGUCGCCGCCGGGGGCGAUGCUCGAUGUCAGUUACGUCAAGCUGGGUGAGAUGCUGAAUGUGCGCCCCGAUCUCCUUAUUGUCCCUAGCGCGCUGCCGCCGUUCGCGAAGGUCGUGGAGAGUGUUUUGGUGGUUAAUCCGGGAGUUGUGGCGAGGAGGAAGGCGACGGGGACGUAUGCGAGGGUUAGUGUUGGGGAGGCGGGGUUGACGAAGGAGGAGAGGGGUGGGGUGUUGACGGUGGCGCAUAAGUUAUAUGAGAGGGCUAGGGUGGAGAUUGUGAAGGUGUAGGCGGGCAGGCACUCCUAAUAUUGGGUGUAUUGGAAGUGCCGCGGCGGUUUCUGAGGUUGGCGUUUUUGGAUAUAGGAAGAUGAGCAUCACGGAUAAUGAAAGACAUAAAUUUGACAGUCGCCCGCCUGCUCCUUGCUUUGGCGAAUUGAUUAUAUUGUACACGCGCGCGCGGGGUCUAACCCACUCUCCGCCGCUUGUCGUAGUCAUACCUCCCCCCAUCCCUCGAAGAAGUCCUCUUCCUCCGGCUUCGGUCGUCAUCUCUAUCCCUCCUCGGCUCCCUUGACCUCGACCUCUCCCUCUCCCUCCUCGGCGACCUUGAUCUCUCCCUCUCCCUCCUCGGCGACCUUGAUCUCUCCCUCUCCCUCCUCGGCGA